AUGAACCCACUUCCUCCAAAAGGCCCAACACCCGGUGGUAGAGCUAUUGCCGGUAUUGUUGGCUUUUCACUAAGCUCAGUCUUAGUUUACUAUCUUUUUUCAGAUUACCAGCUUAUCAAGAAGGAACCUCCACGGAUAGAAUAUGACGAAAACGGAAAUCCAAUUAAGUCCAAGUUUCGCGUAUCCUUCCAGGAAAUGAAGCCUCUGCACUUAAAACCUGAGGCCUUGGACCGUAUUAAGCAUAGACAGGAAGUGAUCCAUCAGCAGGAAGAGCGACUGAAAGAGGAAGAGACUCUUUUGCAUGAACAAGAAAAAAAGUAA